GAGGACGCUCCCAGCAUCUUGCCUUCCAAGGACACUCCUACUGCCUGCUCCUCGCCAGCCGGCUUGCCAGCAAACUCACCUCAUCGUCCAGGAUGAACUCCAGCAACAUCCAGUGGCUGCUCACCUACGGCUCCGCGGGCCUGUCCCUCCCGCAGUGCGCCCAGACAGCCUCCUCAGGCCCCUUUCUGUCGUCGCUCGGCGACAGCCUCUAUGCAACCAAUGUCUGCGCCAACGUCCAUCCCAACUCGGCCAGCGGCUUCUAUGGCUACUACACCUUCAAUUCCACAACGCAGACCGUUGGCUGGUCCAACUGCGGCAGCGACCAGACCUGCGCCCCGAGUUCCUGCAGUCCGACCCCGCCCGACUUUCCAAAGAACCCGGCGCUGCCGCGGCCCUGUAACGGCGACGUGCUGGCGAUCUAUGAUUCGACCGAAACCGUUGGCGGCUUUGCCAACGCUUUCGGAACCAGUUCUUUCGUCUAUGUGACCUAUAGCGCCGACCAGCCCUGCUCGGCACCCUACAAAUCCGACCGGCGACCUGUCUUCCCGGCCUGCACCAAGGUCAACGAAGGUGUCUAUGCAAUCACCCUCCGCAAACCCGUCGACAACCAAACGACAGCGCUGUCGAGCUAUGGCUGCACGGAUUCGGCCUGCACCCAGAACUGCUCGCCCUAUGGACUCUCGUUCUUCCUGUCGCCGACUCCCCUGUGCUCGCCGAGCUCGACCGGCUCGUUCCGCUCCGACUACCGUCUGAUCUCCAGCACGGCCCUAUCGAGCUUUCUGACGGCCUUGCCCACGGGUCCAUCAAUGAACGGAGCAUCGGGUUCCGCUUCCACAUCUCCCCCGGUCGCACUUUCAACCUCCCAGCCGGCUAUCAGCUCCACCACGGACCAGAAGAUACCCCUCUUGGCUGGGCUCGGAACUGCCGGUAUUGUCCUCAUCUGUGCAGCCGUUCUGCUGCUCAUCUACCACCGCCGCCGCAAGACCCAGCAUCAAAAGGACUUUGACAAGCUGGUGCAAAGCUACAAUCCAGCGCCCCCGACGCCGCCCCAACUCGGUCCUCAAAUCAUCCGACACGCUUCCGAGAUCCCGAUGAGCGACAUCUCACAGUCGGCGAGCACUUUGGACGUGGCCAUCUACCGCUCCGUAGUCUGCUAUGAGCCCCUGAAGGGCGACACCCACGAAAUCGACCUGCGGAUCGGCGACAUUGUUGGCGUCAUUGCAAUCUUGAAUGACGGAUGGGCACAGGCCCACAACCACACCACCGGUCGCUCUGGCCUUGUCAAGCUGCAAAAUCUCCGUGUCCUUGGCGACGACUUGUUUUCGGACAGCAACCUUCCCCGAUACGACCAUCUGAUGGAGCCCUCGCCGGCCCUGACCUCGUCGUCGGUCUCGGUCGUUCCAUCGCCGCGGAUUUCGACCGACGGAUUGUGGUCUGCCCGAAGCUUCCGUUCCAGUUGAUUCAUUUCAGGGUCGGCGGGAGGGCAUGGUGCCAACCCGGCGCAUCGACCACGCCGUCUCGCCCCGCAGGUGCCGACCCCAUCCUUCCACCACCAGCCCCGUGCUCUGUGCCGUCCUUUCUGCUUCUUUGCGUAAUGUACAGCGCGGCUGGUGAGCGGGGGGGGGCGCCUUUCCUUUCUUUUUUUCUCGCUCUCUCGGCGUCUCGUGGGGGCUGUCAUGUCCGCCAACGCGCCGACUCACGCAUAUACUUUGUGUCGAUAAUAUGAAAGCGGG